AUGAUUUUACCGUAUAUUAUUCUCCUUUCAUUACCAAUAUUGUUACUAACAGAUGACGAAAUUAACUCUUACUCCCCGAUUAUUCUAAAACUGAAAUCGAACAAUGUAGAUCCGAGUUCUUACAACAGUGAAUACGAUUCGUUGGAUAACGUUGUGUACAUUGACGAUGUUAAUCAACUGGAAGAAAACUUGCGAAGCAAAAAAGAAACGAAAGUUUGGGACCAUUGGGGCAAGUGGUCGGCUUGCAGCGUUUCUUGCGGAAUAGGAAAGAUGACGCGCUGGCGACAUUGCAUUUCGAAGAGCUGCGCUCCUGGGGAAAAAGAGGCGCAAAUCAAAACGUGUACUGCUGCGAGUUGUUAA